AUGAUUAUUCCGGAAGCGGUCGCAGGACAACAUGCGAAGGUAGGAAGCGGCGAAACUUCAUCGUUAUCUUCGGCGUCGUUGUCGUCAUCUUCAUCAUCCUCUGAAAUCGGAGACUAUAAUCUUCGCACACCAUCUUUUAGAAUUUUCAAGUCCGACGAGCCCAGGCCACAGCAGAGCAACUUCUGUAGUUUCGAGAUACAUAAGCGUGAGAGCCAUCAUGUUGGAGUUGGUGAGGAAGGAGGACAAGGUCGCGAGGGAGACGAACACGAAGAAAGUCAAGGUUUUUCCUUCGAAUUUCUUGUCGACAGGGAGAGCCGGCUACUACAAUUCUCGUAUCUCCAGCCACACUCUGGAGAGGAGAGAGGAGAUGGAGAAACCCGGAUUGCAGAAAGAGAAGACUCGGGCACAGUGCAUGAAAGAGAAGACUCGGACACUGUGCAUAGUACACAACAGUCCACACAACACGACUUAUUUUUUCUCGUAACGCCGUAACUUCUUCAACCUCCUGAAGUCUGUGAAUUUUACAUAUUCACCAUGAAGAAAUCCCAAUUGUAGAAGAAUAAUCUUUACCUCCAGGAGUCGGGCUGGAAUAUGGAAUUUGAACCUGCACACAUAUCUUUGAUAUCAAUCUAAUUCCGUGUAUCCAUGAUCUUUCGACUCGGGAGAAAACUAAAAAUGAUGUUUUGAACCCGAUGACAUCACAGGCAGUAUAGGGUACCAUGAGAAGAAAAUUGAGAUGGUUCACAAGAAGAAAUCACCACACUGUGGACGUGUGGCAGCCAUUGCCAUCAGGUAUAUGUGGGAAGAUUUUAAGACCACUCACAUACACAUCGUUGUCAUACAUCAUUUUCGUACUGAUGUUGGAUCCUGGUGUGAUAACUCGACAUUUUAUGUUGCCUUGGAUGCGGAAGCUCUUUUAAUACUUUUUACAACAAAGACCAACUGCAUACAAGGUGGCUCCGUGUGCCCUACUCCACUGCUGGUGCGUCGAACUCUUCGGAAAACUUGUAAUUGUAAUUGUAAUUGUUUGUUACUUGUGAAUCUGCAAGCAUGGUCUUCCAACAUGCAGUGGGCACUAUUGAGAUGCUUACCACAGAAAAUGAAAAAGGAAGAGAAUGGAUCUCUGCACUGCUCUUCGAGGUCGUCCAUAUUCAUUUUGAAUCGAAAUUCUCUGCAGUUCGAAAUGGACUGCAUAGUUGAUACAAGAAUGAU